CACUACAAUUCUUGCGCACAACUCACGCCCUAACUAAGCACAUCCAUGCCUACAUGCAGUGAACACAACGACUACGGAAAAGGCGUAAACCGACAGCGUUGAUUCAUGUCAGUUGGCGGUGGGAACAGUUAAGUGAUUUGACUCGUGCUAUUUAUGACGAUAUUUUUAUCAAGUGGGAAAAAAACACUACAUUACAACAGCUUUAUGUCACGGUAACUUUGUGACUUUCAACAGCCAGUCGGCAACAAGAGCAGAAACACAGCAUAUAUUAGCUAACAUUAGCUACUACUAGCUAUCUUUCAUCAAACUGAAUAGAUACAAUCGGCUUUCUCAUCUGUUGACGUUAAAUGGCAACAAUGGAAACGCGGAGGAUCACACAGGAAACCUUUGACGCUGCUGUCAAGGAGAACAUGGAGGAGUUUGAGAUGGAUCCCGAUGAGGCUCUGAGGGAGGCUCUGGAGCAGUUUGAGUCUCAAGGUGUGAACCUCCGUUGUAUAGUAAAAGCUGUACCAGGUGUCUUAUCUGAUGGGGAGCAAACACACGAGGUCUUACAGGUGUUGGAUUCCCUCCGCACUGGGAAAGAUUCUGCCGGUUUGAAGGAAGUGACGGCAGACAUAAAACGCUUCACUGAGCAUUGCUUGCUUGGAUUUGCCCAGAGGUACCAGGCUGCCCAAAAAGACGCCUACCCCAUCAUCCUCUCUUACUGCAAAAAGAGUGUGGAGGAGCAGGAAGCUGUGUUGACUGCACUGUCUGCUCUGGCUGCACUGACAGACGGACAGCCAGACUUGUUGGAUGCAGAGGGCAAGCAGUUCCUUUUGAAUGUCCUUAAGAAGUACAAGGCAGAUUCCUCUGUGGUAUGUGCCGCCAUCUGCACCGUGCGUCACUGCUGUUUGAAACAUGAACAGAACAGGCAGGAUUUGGUAAAAGGGGGCGUCUUGCCUCUUCUGACCGGUGUCAUUACCCAACACAGUGGAUCUGCUGAGCUGGUUAAGGAAGCCUCUGCAGCUCUCAGGGUCAUGUGCUUUGACGAUGACAUCCGCGUUCCGUUUGGGCAGGCUCAUGAACACGCAAAGAUUAUUGUUCUUGAGCACAAUGGACUCAAGGUUUUAAUUGACGCUGCGAAAGCUCACCUCGAUAAUACUUCUGUACUGAGUGAGCUGUGUGCAACUCUGUCCCGUCUGGCUGUAAGGAACGAGUUCUGUCAAGACAUCUGUGAUCUCGGAGGAUUGAAGCUCAUCAUGACGCUGCUUGCGGACAGCUAUGAGAAAGCGGAGUUGGUUCGGCAGGUCCUUAGUGCAAUACGAGCUGUAGCGGGAAAUGACGAUGUGAAAGAUGCAGUUGUUGAUUCUGGAGGGGUCGAGCUCAUCGUCAUUGCCAUGAACAAACACAUGAGCAACUCUGCUGUGUGUGAGCACGGCUGUGCAUGCCUCUCUGUCCUUGCUUUGCGGAAACCCAACAACUGCAAAGUCAUCAUGGAAAAUGGAGGCGCCUCGGCUGCUGUGCAGGCUAUGAAGAUGCACUCAGAUUCAGUCAAUGUGCAGAAACAGGCAUGUAUGGUGAUGAGAAACCUGGUUGCACGUAUGGAUAACUUAAGCCAACCGAUCCUGGAGAUGGGAGCAGAGGCCCUGAUAAUCCAGGCACUAAAGACCCACAAAGACUGUGAUGACGUGGGUAAAGCAGCCCUCAGAGAUCUGGGAUGCCAGGUGGAGCUCAGAGAGCUGUGGACCGGUAAACAUGGCAGCAUCACCAACUGAAAGUAGAGGAGAGCAAUCACUCCUUACCGUCAAAUGCAAUUUUAGGCAAGAUACAAAUGCUAUGUUGGUGUACCUAGCCAAGAGUUUAAGCGGAUGCAUCUACCCAGAUAGACAUAUUUGUUAAAAAUAAAGUCGAUGUGGAAAAGGCUCGUCCCACACAGCGCCCUUUAGAGGUUGAAUAUGUGUUCCACUCCUGUUUUUGUUUUUGACAAGUACAAAAAGCUAAUUGUAGUCCUGUUGAACAUGUUUUGUUUGCUAUUCAUAUUUUGUCCACAUAUGUUCUGUAUUACAAUUAUAUUAUUAGGAUGUUAGGAGCUGAAUUUGUAUGUUUUCUGCUAUGGGUAAAUAUAAAUAAGUGUAUUUGCUUCUAUGUAAAUAGUUUAACUGCACCAUUCUGUCCAGAUUCCUUUCGUAGCCACAUUUUAACAUGUAUUUAAUGCCUUAAACUUUGACUAGAUCAACA